CUUCGGACAUCAAUUUCCUGCAUCGAUUCUCGUCCUGAAUCCGCCAUUUUCGUAAUAACCCCGUGUCUCAAUGCCGUUCCGAUGCUGAAGGAAAUGUCGUCACACGACGUCAAUUGCCCGAUACGAUCCCAUAAAUACUACGGAAGGACAUCAUAUCUUCUAUCUCUUCCCGUCCCAACAUGACAGUAUUCUCUCGUCUGCUUCCCUCGCUUGCUAGUGCAUACGCAUUGCAAACUUUGUUCGCCCUGGUCUUCGUCCCGCAGCAGAACGAAACAUAUUUUGACUUGGGGGGUUCACUCGGAUUUCUCUCUACGACCUACCUAUCACUGUAUUAUCCGGCACUGAAGGCCAAAUUCUGGGAUGGUCUGCCGACUCAACUACCACGCUUGGCAUCGUUUGCCCCUCGACAGAUAAUCUUGAGCGCUGCCGUUGGAAUAUGGGCGUCACGAAUGGGCAUCUUCUUAGUUUCUAGGGCGAUCAAAGCCGGCGGGGAUUCUCGAUUCAACGAAAUCAAGCGCAAGCCAGCAGUAUUCAGUUGCUACUGGUUCGGUCAAGCCUCUUGGGUCUUUCUCACCGGGCUCCCCGUCUAUCUGUGCAACAUCCUUCCGUCAAAUCUUCACCCAGCGCUACGGAUGCGCGACUACGUCGCGCUUGGUCUCAUUGCCGGUUCCUUCCUCUUCGAAGUGAUAGCAGACUAUCAAAAGUCUUCCUGGCGACACAACAAGAAUACCAAGCAACACGAUGAAAAAUUCAUCACACACGGUUUAUGGAGCGUCAGCAGACAUCCCAACUAUCUCGGCGAACUCGGUAUCUGGACGGGCAUCUGGGCGUUAUCCUCCUCGGCACUACGUACCCCAUAUUUCCCCAGUGGUACAGUUCUCUUGGCUGGGCUCAGUCCGGCGAUGACGUACUUCCUCCUUCGAAAGGUACGUGUACCUGCAGUGUUCUGGGCCUGAUAAGCGCUGAAUUGAAUCAGCUUUCGGGUGUUCCGCCACUUGAACGCCAAGCUGAAAAGCGCUGGGGAGACGACCCUCAGUGGAAAGAGUACAAGAGGUAGGUCUUGCCCUCUACCCCGUGGAUUCCGUGUCUAAUUCAUCUCGGCUAGAUCUGUUCCGGUUUUCUGGCC